UGUCGAGCAUGUGCGUUGUCCGUUGUGUCGUUUAGCCCGCGUCCUCUCGUAUCGCACACAGUACACUCAUUGCAUGUACACCCCGGUACGUGUAGAAACGGUGGACAGUCCGCGAACAUGUGAUUUUAACGGAGAAUACAGUUUGUUGACGCUCGUAAUCACGCGCGUGAACAGUGAAGGUUUUCCUCCUGCCCGGAUAUAUCGUUACCCUGCAGCAGCAGCCUCGAGUUCGAGGGGGUGGAGAAUAAUGUUCUGAGCCCCGAGCCACGCACAUCAUGGUUGCUAAGCACUUCACGCAGGGCUCGAGCCCUGAGUUCGGGGUCCCGGACAUGACGGUGAUCAGCGACAUCGACGAGACGGGAAUCAAUCGGAAUCUCCAAGUCCGAUACGGGAGGGACCAGAUAUAUACGUACACGGGAUCCAUACUGGUGGCUGUGAACCCCUACAAGGAGGUGGACUUCUACACCAACGAGUACGUAAAUCGAUACCAUGGACAGAAGAUGGGCUCCCUGGAGCCGCACGUGUUCGCACUGGCGGAGGCGGCGUACAGAUCACUGCAGGACACCGAGAGCAAUCAGUCCUGCGUGAUAUCGGGCGAGAGUGGCGCCGGCAAGACCGAGACCACGAAAUUCAUCCUGCAAUACCUGUGCUCGGUGACCAGCAACGUCGACACGUGGGUGGAGCAGCAGAUCCUCGAGGCGAACACCAUCCUCGAGGCAUUCGGUAACGCGAAGACGGUGAGAAACGACAACAGCUCCCGUUUCGGGAAGUUCAUGCAAGUGUGCUUCGACAGCAAGUGGAUGAUCAAGGGUUGCAUCAUCCAGGAUUACCUGCUCGAGCAAAGUCGGAUCACAUUCCAGAGCGCCGGCGAGAGAAACUACCACGUGUUCUAUCAGCUGGUCGAGGCCGGGACCAGGGACAAGGAGUUCGCGGACCAAUACAAACUGAUGCCGUCCGGCCACUACAAGUAUCUUAAUCAGUCUGGUUGCGUGAAGAUCGAUGGGAUCUCGGACUCGAAGAAGCUGGACGCGCUCAGGCUAGCGUUCAACGUGCUCCAGGUCGCGCCGGAAAUGUGCGAGGGAAUUUUCAGAGUUCUGUCGGCUAUCUUGUGGUUGGGAAAUCUUAGUUUCGAGGACGUCGACGGCGAACGGUGCGAGCUAAGUAACGAGGACGUCGAGAUCGUCGGGACGGUCGCGCCUCUGCUCGGCCUCCAGGUCGAGGAUCUGACGAAAGUGGUGCUGAUCAGACAGAUAAACGUGCGCGGCAACAUCACCGAGAUACCGUUGAAGGUGCAGGAAGCCCGUGAAAAUCGUCACGCGAUGGCGAAGGCAUUGUACUCGCGUACGUUCGCCUGGCUGAUCAACCACAUAAACAACUGCACGAAUCCCGGCCAGGACAGCUCGCGGUUUCUCGGUGUCCUCGAUAUAUUCGGGUUCGAGAAUUUCGCCGUGAACAGCUUCGAGCAGCUGUGCAUCAAUUACACGAACGAGAAGCUUCACAAGUUUUUCAAUCACUACGUGUUCGCGUUGGAACAGGAGCUGUACCGGCAGGAGGAGAUCCAAUACUCCCAUAUCACCUUCACGGACAACACCAUGUGCCUGGAAUUAAUCGAGAAACCUCCUCGAUGCGUUCUUAAGUUACUGACCGAGCAGUGCCAUAUGCCGAAAGGCUCGGACCUAGCCUACUUGACGAAUUUGCACGCCGAAUUCGAGAAUCAUCCGUGUUACGUGAAGGGUGACGAUCGUCGUAAAUGGGAGAAGGAGUUUGGCGUGAAGCAUUACGCGGGUUGCGUGACGUACACGGUGGAGGGUUUUGUGGACAAGAACCGGGACGUGCAGCAGGACGUGUUUUUCGACCUGAUGUCGAGAAGCACCAACGAGUUUGUGCAAGAAAUCACCGUCUACCAAGACUUGUUGGGUUGCACGGUGGCCAGAGCGAGUGGAAACGCGACGACCAUGUCUCGUGGGACGUCCAAAGGCAAGCCUACCCUUUGCGAUUCGUUCAGGCAUCAACUGCAAGCUCUGGUCGAUGUUCUUCAAGCGACCACACCUUGGUACGCGAGAUGCAUCAAGCCCAAUAUGCAAAAGGUGGCGAAUCACUAUGACGAGAAGCUGGUUCUCGAUCAGCUGAAGUAUCUGGGCAUGCUGGACAUCAUUCGGAUAAGGAAGGAGGGUUUUCCUAUACAUAUGGCGUUCCUCGACUUUGUCGCGAGAUACAGGUGUCUCGACAGGGGAUCCAUGCCUCGGACCGACAACGAGAAGGAUGCUGUUAGACAGUUGAUCAGCAGCCAAGGUAUUCCGGAGACAGAGUGGCAAAUCGGAAAGACGAAGGUGUUCUUGAGAAGCUACGUGCACGAGCCUUUGGAGGACUCCAGGAACCAGAUGGUCACCAGUAACGCGAUAAUGAUACAGAAGAUUUGGAGAGGUUAUGUUGUACGGAAAGAGUACAAGCGUGUCAGGGACGCUGCGCUGAAGGUGCAACACGCUUAUCGAGGCUGGAAGCUGAGAAUAAUGUUCAUCCGGAAACGGAGAGCGGCUAUUGUUAUUCAGAGUCAUUUGCGCGGUGUUUUCGCUCGAGAAGUGGCAACAGCUCUGAGGGAAAUGAGGCGAGUGGACGAGGAAAUGAGGAAGAGGGAGAGAUUGGAAGAGGAGAGAAGACUAAUGGAGGACAAGAAGGCAUUAGAGGAGAGCCAAAGAAAGGCGCAAGAAGAAAUCGCCGCGUUGUCGCAGAUGGCAGAGCAGAUGAACUCGAAGAUGGCCGCCUCGGACUUACAGUCGGUGGAUCUGGACAAUCUGUUCUCCUUCCUCUCCGAUGUACAGUCAACGAAAGGUAAUCAGAUCAUCGAGGAGAUCGGUGAACAAAUGGACGAAUUGGUGGAAGACCUCGACGUGGAACUGGAAACUGUAAUACAGCUAGAAUUAGAGAUGAACUCCAAAGCAGAGUCCCUGGCGAGUAGCCCGAAUGGCCAGGAUGCUCCUUCACCUCUCCUACAACAGUCGCAGAGGAUAACCUGCGGAAACACUAGCAAACUUGGCCAGCCGAGUCUUCCAGAACCGACUGAACCUCCUCCGCCUCCACCACCCCCUGCUCCACCUCUGGCCAUGAACGGAGAUUCGACCAUUGACAAUGGGGAGCCAAUUUAUGAGUCCGUUCUGCCACGCGAUGACAACAGUCCUAGUAGUCCCAUUGUUGUGAACGGAAACUCUGGACCAUUGGUGAACGGUGACACCUGUGGAUCACCUCCGCCGGUACCAAACAACAAGGUCAUGAAGGAACAAAUCGCUGGCAGUCCACCCUCUACACCAGAAUCCAGAAACUCGAAUAGUCAUCACUUGCAUCAUAACCAUCAUCAACCAGUGCCUCAGCAACAACAAAAUGGUCACGAUCAACCGCCACAGCAGACGCAACCGUCUCAACAGCCGCCCAUCGAGCGGGAACAGAGACGUAAAUGCAGAGUGGAGCGGAAGCUUCAGGAACUGGAGGACAAAAAGGAGCCCGACAACGAGGUCACGUAUCAUGACAUCGUCGAAUUCGCGCAGAAUUACUUCAACAGCCACGAGAGAUCCCCCGAAGGAACGAUAAUAGCCACGCUCACCAGAAAAUCACGCGGUAAGAGCGUGGAAUUCAUUCCAAAGUAUGAGAUGGUCACAUACUAUAAGGGAUCCACUAUACCCAAUUCCCACAUUCACAUGUACGAUCCCGAUAACGUUAACGUGGCCUGCUCGGUCUUCAGGGAUCUUUGCAAGUACAUCAGAGGGGAGAUGAAACUGGACCAAGAGAUUUCCACCAUUCAGAGCAUAAUCGGUUACGGUAUAGAACGUGAAGAAUUAAGGGACGAGAUUUUCGUCCAGUGCAUGCGUCAGGCGACAAACAAUCCGAACUCUGAAUGGGCAGAGCGUGUCUGGUUACUGCUGUGUCUAGCAAUCGUCGCUUUCCAACCCAGUAAACUGCUCUACAAGUAUUUCGUUUCUUUCCUGAAGAAGAACUUGGCUCUAGAAGGGAAACUAAGGCAAUACGUUCAAUGGUGCGUGGAUAAUUGUAAGAACACAAAAGUCUCGUGUAGACAGCAUCCACCGUCAACGGUAGAAAUUGCUGCAAUGAGGCGACUUGGCACGAUAGUGUGCCGGUUCUUCUUUCUGGACGGAAGAACCAAAGCCAUUGAUGUUCAUCCAACCGAUACCGCUGCGGAUGCGGUUGCGAAGUUAGGUGAAAAAUUAGGUUUACGAUCCUUGGAAGGUUGGGCGAUUUAUCAGAGUAGACCCGACGGAGAGGAACACGUGCGGGCUCAUGACUAUUUGUACGACGUUAUAGCGGUUUGGGAAAUGAAACAGUGUAAAUUAAAUACCGCACAAUCAACGUUUUCGACGCUGCGACGCAGCAACAAUGCUACACUGGGCAGUGGUGAUAAUCGAUUCGUUUUCAAGCGUCGGCUGUUCCGCAACACACGAGAAAUCUCCCAGGAUCCUGUGGAAGUGAACAUGCUUUACGCCCAGGCUGUUUAUAAUGUCGUCAAGUGCGACGAUUUCCCUGUAUCCGAAAAAGUCGCGCUCCAAUUGGCCGGCUUACAGGCGCAGGUCGCGCUUGGCGAUCCCAAAGACAACGAUAGACUGGACUACUAUAGCGAGGUGGACAGUUUUUUGCCUUAUCGAAUAAGUCGUGCUCGCGGCGACGACGUCUGGGUGCCGAUAAUAGCUCAGGCCCACAGACAAUAUGGCGCUGGCCGGAAGGAACUUGCGGCCAAAGUGUUGUAUCUGUCCUGUGUAAUGCAGUAUCCGUUAUAUGGUACAACGAUGUUCAACGUGACCUAUCGUGGAUACUGGUCGUAUGGUAACCAACUGAUCCUGGGUAUUAAUUGCGACGGUUUGAUGCUGAUCAAACCGGACGACAAGUUCGUCUUGUCGGAGUAUCGUUACCAAGACGUGGAAAGUAUUAUGCUGGAUCCAAGCGACUGCUUCAUCACGCUGUCCCUUCUUCGACACAAUCCAGACAGUUCGCACAAGUGUUUCGUGUUCGAGACAGCGCAGAAGAACGAGAUCGGUAGUCUCAUUGUUAGUUACUGUCCAGCGUUGUCGGGCUGGAUCACAGAGAACGAGGUUCCUACUAAGAAGCUCAAGUGUAUCACUAAUGAGGAUCGCAUUAGGCUUUAUCACAAUUUAGUCAAUUGUCGGCGAACGCUCGUCGACGCUGAAAUCCUGAGAAAACCUCAAGACUCUGGCGGUGGUUUCUUGAGAAACACUCUCAGGAGGCUGUCCAAGCACAGAAUCGAGAAACUUAGACAGGAACACGGUAGCGCCACCGAUCACGGCGAGACUUACAAGGGAUUCCCGUACGCCUAUUGGGCAUUCAGCAGGCAAACACUACCUCAGAGUCUUUCGAAACUACCCGACCCGGACGAGCAGAUAUCUCUCACUGUAUUCCAUUUGAUACUGACCUACGCCGGUUUAGGACAGAACGGUGACACUGUUAGAAGGGUGGAGGACGAACACGUGAACCUUAUACAAACUGUGAUGGAACGUUGUAUAAGAAAAGAGAAUCUGUUAGGCGAACUGUACUUGCAGUUAAUCAAGCAGACCACCGAUCACCCAGACCCCAACAGUCGGGUGAAUCUCAGGCAUUGGGCGUUGCUCUCUUUAGCCUGUUCCGUUAUUCUGCCGCCUCAGAAAGUCAUACGAAAGUAUCUGAUCGCACACCUGAAACGGUGUGCCAGCGAUUACGUUACCGAAGAAGGCAAGUACGCCCGAUUCGCUGAAAAGUGCCUUUACAAAACGCAGGGCACGAGGAGAAGACAGUGGCCGCCGAGCAGGGAGGAGAUCAUGUGCACCAUGAAUCGCAGGCUUAUUUACGCGAGAUUCCAUUUCAUGGACGGACAAUACCAUGCUGUGGAGUUCCAUCCAUCAGCCACAGCCAGGGAUGUGAUGGAAAUUAUUAAAACAAAAAUUGGUCUCGAAGAAACUGCUCUGGGUUAUGCCAUAUACGAGGUCUUAGGACCGACCGAAAGGGCGUUGAUACCGGAGGAGAAUAUCGCGGACGUGAUGUCUAAAUGGGAACGCUAUAGAACAGCGAAUGCGCAACAAAACCAGCAAAGAAAACACGCACACCACUUCUUCCUAUUUAAGAAACAUUUGUUCCUCGAUCAGUACAUGAAUCUUGAUGAUCCAGUGGAGAAAGAGUUGCUCUAUCAUCAAGUACUGCACGAUUUGCGUGCCGAUCGGUUCCCUAUCACUGAGAAAGAAGCUAUGAUGCUGUCAGCGUUACAAUCUCAGCUGGAACUCGGUGAUUGCGAGGACGCCGUAUCGGACCAUGAUUACCGUACUAUAUCAAAUCACUGCCUACCUCCAAGACUGGUGCCAGCCUUGUGCAUAGAAGGUGUUCUCCAACACCACCAAUCCCUAAGGGGAAUGACGCCGCCAGAGGCGAAGAAAGCAUUCUUAAACUUAAUUCAAUCGUGGCCGUUGCAUAGGGCCACGGUAUUCGACGUGAUGCAAUCGUUCACCUCGAACUGGCCACGCGUUCUUUGGUUGGCCGUUGAUCAACAAGGUCUUCAUCUUCUGGAACACCGUUCCAGAAACGCCCUGUGUACCUACGAAUAUAGCAGUAUUCUCAGUUAUAGCCCAGCUGUUAGUUGUUUGAUGAUUAUCACUGGUACUGACAAGAAACAGAGCAAAGUCAUUUUAACGACAUCCCAGGCACACCAAAUAGCAAAUUUGAUUCGCGAAUACAUGGAUGUGCUACAGUCGCCGCCGGAAAUACCGAAGAGAGAAUCUGCCAUAGUUCAGCAGAUAACUCAGCAACAACUUCAACAACCACCAGCGAAUCUUCAAACGGCUGCCGGUGGCCGUAAAUCUCGGCCCGCUUCGGUAUUACACAGAGGUGCUCCAGUGAUACAAUCGCAAGCUAGUUAA